CACUUUAGUAUAAGGGCAAAAACAAAAGAACCUAAAAUGAAAGCAACGUCUCUCUCAUUUCCUCACUUCUCAACCAAACUCCAAACUAAAUGACACUUCCACAUACUUAAGCUUUUCCCUCCUACAGUUCACCCCUUUUUAAAGUCACGAGACCCACUGUCCCUUUUGUUCAUUCAAUUUUAUUAGAGAGAGAGAGAGAGAGAGAAAGAGAGUCCAGAGAGGUUGGCAGAGGAACUGAUAGAGAACUUUCAAACCUCUUUUUCUUCCACCAUCACUCAAGUAGCCUCAAAAUUGCAGUCUCAAACUGAAAGUCUUAUAAUUUUUUCUUUUUUCUAAAAGCUUUACUUAUCUACUCUUCCACCAUCUGCAAGAUUGUUUCUUUAACCUCAAUAUUUUUUCAUUUCUGUCUUUCUCUGUCGGUCGGUACCAUACCAUGCGAUCUGAAGGGAAUCCGUUGGACCUCAACAAUUUGCCUGAUGAUUAUGCUAGAGAUGGUAAACAGGUCCUUGAGGAAGGCACUUCAUCUGGGUAUAGGAAGAAGAAAAGCGGCGCAAAGGAUGGAAAGGACGAGUGUGGGAAGGUCUAUGAGUGUAGGUUUUGUUCCCUCAAGUUCUGCAAAUCUCAGGCUCUUGGGGGACACAUGAACCGCCACCGCCAAGAGAGGGAGACAGAGACACUGAACCGUGCUCGUCAGCUGGUCUUCAGUAACGAUAACCUAGCCGCCCAAGGGGCCCCUCACCUUGGUUGCUGUCAUCCAAUGAAUCCAAUAUCACCAGCAGGCUAUCAUCACCCGCCGCCAGACCCAACAUUACCACUAAGAUUCUCAACAAGAGUCUUCUCCGGCUCUUCUUCCACAAUCAAUAUUCCGCCACCACCACAGCCGCAGCCGCAGCCGCCACCGCCGCCGCAGCCAUUACAACAGCAUCAACCUUAUCUAUACACCUCACCAUCUCGUCCCGCGGUCAUGUCAUUUUCCUCUCAUUAUCCUCAUCAUCAGCAUUCAGUGAACGAUUACUAUGUUGGACAUGUACUUAGCAGUGGCAGUGGUGGCGGUCACCCGAGCCUAAACUAUGCGGCUGCGGCGGCCGAGUCGAACUAUACGUGUAUAGGUGCACCGGUGGGACAUGGAUUCGGAGGAGGGAGCAGCCGGGGGAGUACAGAUGGAGGAGGAGGUGGUAGAGACGGAUCACUGCAGAAUCAGGAAGAGGGAUUGAAUUGGGGAAGGAGCUAUUCAGGGACACAGCAGCGUUUGGAUCCGCCUGCUUCGAUCAAUCGGUUUCAAGAUGGGUUCUAAAGAGAUAUUUUUGUUAGAGUGAUAGUUUGAAGUAUUAUCAUUAAUCUUUCUGCAUUGACACGCCACCAACAAUGACAGAGAAAAGAGAAAGACUUAACAAGCUGACAUAUGGGGUCGUCAAGAAAGGAAUAGGGAGAGAGAGAGAGAGAGAGAGAGAGAGAGAGAAAGAGAAAGAGAGGAGGACAGCUUUUUGAGGUCAUGGACAGGGUCAGCUAGUUUGGCAUGGAGCUGCGGGAGGGAUUCGUAGAGGGUGUCUUUUGUAUUGGUUUGUACUACCCAAAAAAAAAAAAAAAAAAACACUGUAGAAAAAAGGGGGAACUAGAGUAGAAUGAAAAAGUUUUGUGGGACAACAAAGUUAGAUUUCAACUGAUACUUCCUAACCCCACCCCACCCUCCCCCCUUUUGCAUGCCAAUCAUUUUUUCUUUUUUCUUAACUUUUUCUCUUUCAUUUUCCAUUGAGAUCUCUGGCUUUAAGUUCUUGAGUUACAGGAUUUAUACUUGCGUUAUAUUAGGGCAAUGAAGUAGAGAGAUAUUGUAAUUCUACUCAACAAAGAUACAGCAUUGCUGAGAGUUUCCUGAUGAACCAGAGAAAAAUUCAAUCUUUCCCCUUGA